AUGGACAAUGCAGCCGAGUUUGAAUUGCGAAAUGCCAGCUUGGAUGCACCGUUGGCUAUGAUGGAGGAGGAGAAGUCAUCAUCGUCUGUGGCAGCCUCCCUCUGCUGCCUCUUACGGAACGAGUGGGCCCGGAAAGCUGACUGUAUGCGUGCGGCCGCUUGGGCGGCGUUACGAACGGCGGCAAGUGUGUGCCUGAGGGAGUCGUGCUCCUCCUCCUCCUCAUUCGCUGCUGACUUUGAUAGACUGUUGACUACUGCUCUCUCUGCAUCAAUAGCGGCCGCUCCUUUGGAAAGCUCACUCUCGGCUAGGGUUAGAGAUGAGAGGUGGGUGGUGAGAGCCACUUCCGAGAGGUAUCCGGCAAGUCCCCUGUGGCCGCAGGUGGCCGCAAUUGACGCCGGAGUUUUUCCGGUGGGCAAAAAAGAAAUAAAACACAUACCUCCCGAACCGUGCAGCCCAAUGCAGAGCAGUCCAUCCAUUAAUGUCACGAAAAUUAAUGCUCACCCCAGAAUUCAGUAUCGGCUGGAGGGCCCAUUCAAAUCCCAACCCAGCAACCAUGUCUUGGACGACACCCACACUUCCAGCUUCUCCUUGACAAGUUCCUGCACGAGCCAAUCAAGGGUUUUCCAUGUUGAAGGGCUGCCAACUAAGAGAGAAUCGAUUAUAUGGCUCCACGAGUCCUCCGAAUUUCUCGAUUUCCCAAACAAAUUGAUUCUUGAUUCCGAGGCAUCUUCUCAACAAGAGUUCUUCAGAGCUUUUAUUAGCAGCAUCUGUUUCGGGUGGUUGAGAAGUAAGAUUCGGUUUAGGGCGAUAUUCAAACUCCCUUACUUCACUGCAGGAUUCCCGAUUCCCACAUGUAAUACAGAUGUUGACUUUUCCGUGCAGGUGAGGUGGCGCAUGGCAGCAGAGGACUCCUUCCUGAAUCACCUGUGCCAGGACUUGAGUGUCCCCAACCAUGCAGGCCCAUGA